AUGUCCUUGAGAUUUGGAAUCACAAUAUGGAUUCUGGUUAUUGCUUGUGGAACGUUUAGUAACAACGUGUAUUCCUCUGCUCAAAUGCUCAUUCCCGAGGCUAUGCAAUAUCGUGGACCCAUUGGCAGUGUACCGGUCAUGAGGAUUAGAGAUGGCAUGUAUGAAUAUCACAAAAGACGUCCAGGUAAUUUCACUACGCGGAACCAAUUGAAAUAUAAGAAAGAUUUAACACCCAAUCUUCCUUGCUACUUACCUGGACAAUCAGAAAAGAAUUCUGGGACCGAACCGAGAGACCGGAAGUAA